AUGCAACGUCCCCUGUUGCUGAGUGUGGACGAGGUGCAAGAACAACAGUACAAUGGGCAUCCGAGAGGUCCGGGCGGUGAUGCCACUCACGGAAUACAAGGAGACCGAGUUAAUAUAACUGAGGUGCAAUCGCCGUCAAGCAUCGACUAUGAACCGCCGGCCGAAGAAUCGGAUGAAGAGGGUUACUCGACGGACGACGAAAUGCAAUACUGUGAUUGCAUUGUUUCCGUUCUUGCCAAGAGUCUACCGGGAACCCCCGGAAGGAAAGGUGUGAUCCCAUAUUCGUCCAUCUACGAAGAUCAAGAUGCAACAAGACGACGAGGAUAUUGGUUACCCGGUACACCCGUCAACGCAAAGAUCAUCAAGGCGGAGAAAAAUCAAGAGAGCGGCAUUCAUUUCAUCAACAAAAUAUUGUACACGAUCCAACUCCAACACGGGCCUUUCAAAUGGAGUUUGGUGCGAACGUAUCGAGAUUUCUCCGUUCUCAACAAUCGACUUCGGGCACAUCGUGCAGCCGAGAGAAUUAGAGCCCCGUUGCACAGAGUUCAAAAACGGAUGGACGAGAUGUUCGAAUCGGUCGGAUUAGAUCUAAUGCAAAAUCACAAAGAAGACUGUCCGUACUACAGAAAGCAAAGCAAAAGAGAAAGGAGGGAAAAUCAGACCAAAUUCCUGAAACGGACAGCCGACGCGUUUGAGUCGAAUAACGAUGAGGCGCCAAUCGCAUCGAUUGAUACGACGAGUCCAUUGGAAGAAGAGCAACGACACAAAGUUGAGCGGGCCGUUCAAUCUGGUAUCCUCGAAGAUGAGCCAAGCCCCGGGGAAAGCACCGCAAAGAAGAGAAAAGUUCGAACCCGAAAACGCCAUCAGCUGCCCCAUUUUCCGCUCAUUCCCGAUUCGAUGGUCAGCAAUUUGGAGCAAAGACGAGAACAAUUGGAAAGCUGGUUACAAAUGUUGCUCCACAUCCCGAUUAACAGGAAUCACCAUGAAACGGCCGAGUUCCUCGAGAUUUCGAGAUUCUCAUUUGUAAAUGAUUUGGGCAGCAAACACAACGAGGGAUUGGCAAAGAAACGGCCGGGCGGAGCGCUCGUGUUUUAUGGAUGGAAACAGUGUUGCGUGAAAUGGGUGCUGCCCUGGAGCAAGAGAUGGUUGAUGGUUCGAGACACCUUUGUCGCCUACAUGAAUCCAAGCAGUGAGAAAUUACGAUUAGUCAUGUUGAUCGAUCAAGCGUUUAAGAUAGCGGUCGGUGGGAAAGAAGCCGACGGAAUGGCGAACGGAUUGAUCAUCUACAAUUCGCAACAUGAAUUACAUCUGAAAUGCCGACGCUUAGAGGACACAUUAAAUUGGAAACGAUCAAUCGAGGAGGUUAUGCAAGGACCUGGAAAGAUUUUCACCGACCCUCAUCGAUAUGCAAGCUCGUUCCCGGUACGCGAUGAGUCGUUUGGUAAAUGGUACGUUGAUGCAAAAGACUUCAUGGAGCAAGCAAGUGACAUGAUGGAGCUGGCAAAAGAGGAGAUUUUCAUUGCGGAUUGGUGGUUAAGUCCAGAGAUUUACAUGAAACGCCCUUCACUACAUGGAUCAAAAUGGAGACUCGACGAAAUUCUGAAGAGAAAAGCCGAACAGGGCAUCAAAAUUUUCAUCUUGCUCUACAAAGAGAUGGAGAUGGCACUGGGAUUGAACUCGAUUUAUACAAAACGCAAAUUACAAGAACUACACCCAAAUAUUAAGAAGUUGAUUGUUAUCGAUCAGUUGAUUGCUUUUGUCGGCGGAAUCGACUUGUGCUUUGGACGAUGGGAUGACACUCGUCAUUUGUUGACUGAUCUCGGCUCGGUCCAUUUCGACGCUCAACACAACAUCAUUGCUCAACAAACCGGCGAGAAUUUUGUGAGUGCCGGCUUGAGAGCGCUUGUAAAAGCACCGUUGACGCUGGGACCGCUCGGUUUGGAGGAACAUGAAGAGGUGACCCCGAGGGGAGUGAUGGGCCCUGGAGGAGAUGCGCCUGGAUCAAGCACAUCGCCAAAAGCUGCCGACACUGGAGACGUUGUGGAAAUGACUCGAAAAAUGGCCGACACAAAGAUUGAGUCAAAAGAGGGAACCCCGUUAAAACAGAUGGACAAGGACAAGGCGGGAGUUGUGCUGAGAGUUUGGAAGAAAGAGCCUCAAGCGAAAGAUCGAACACUGAGGGUGUCGACGAAUGAGAGUGGAGACGAGAAGAUGACAGCGAUUGAAGAGGAUCGCGGAAGAAAGAUAAAAAGGACUAACAUUCGCCGCUCCACCUCUUCCCAAUACAGGGCACCACCACUUGAUCUCAUUGUGAAGGGGCCCGCCCCAUCAUCAGUGCUCAGCAAUGCCGUCGAACACGGAAUGGAUGUGAGGACAGCUGUUGAAAAGUACAAAAACUAUGUGGAGAGCGGGAAAUUCGCUGAGGAAAAACACCGUGCUUCGACACCGCCGGGUCGUGAGAAAAAGCCAAACCGGAUCAGUCGGGUUGUAUCGAAUUGGAGAGGAAAUCGAGCAAAAAGACGAUGGAAACAGAUCCUCGAUCAAGACGAUGUUGUUGGUGAAUAUGAGUUGGACUGGUUGCGGUUAAAGGAUUUGUCGAAAGAGGUUGAAGAUGAACUUGAUGGAGGCGUGAAGUUAUGGAUUGGAAAAGAUUACGUCAAUUUUAUCGUCAAGGAUUUCGUCGAGAUCGACUUACCGUAUAAUGAUUUCAUCGAUCGAGGCCUUACACCGCGGAUGCCUUGGCACGAUAUCCAUUCAGUCACUUUUGGGCACUCGGCCAGAGAUGUUGCUCGACAUUUUAUACAACGAUGGAAUGCGACAAAGACUGAGAAAUUGAAGGACGACGAUUCGUACCCCUAUUUGAUGCCGAAGACCUACGACAAUCUGCGCGUGCCCCGGGUCUUCAAAAACAUUGCCGAGCCCGUGCAAUCACAGGUAUUACGCUCUUUAUCGAAUUGGUCCAGUUUGAUCAACAAGACCGAGGACUCCAUUCAACAGGCAUACGUGUCACUGAUUGCGAAUAGUAAACACUACAUCUACAUCGAGAAUCAAUUUUUCGUGUCAAUGAGCGGCGGUGUCGAGGUACACAACGAGAUUUGUCGAGUACUCGUCGAGAGAAUCGUCCGAGCUCAUCAAGACAACGAGAAUUUCCGUGUCUACCUUCUGCUGCCAUUAAUGCCCGGUUUUGAGGGAGAUGUCGGUGCGCCAGGUGGAAGUAGCUUGCAGGCCGUCCUACAUUGGACCUAUCGAUCGUUGUCCCGUGGCGAACAUUCUCUGAUGGAGACGCUGAAGAAACGAGGAGUCGAGGAUCCGACGAAGUACAUCUCGAUCAAUUCGCUCAGAACAUGGGAUUUGUUAACAGGACGAUUGGUCACCGAGUUGAUCUACAUCCAUUGCAAGUUGAUGAUCGUCGAUGAUGAACAUGUGAUCAUUGGAUCGGCGAAUAUCAACGAUCGAUCGCAGGCGGGUAACAGAGACUCUGAGGUGUGCAUGAUCUACAGUGACACGGUGAAAGAGCGAUCGAUUAUGAAUGGGAAACCGUACACGGCCGGGAAAUUUGCGAAGAGUCUCCGAUUGGCGUUGAUGAAGGAACACCUCGGCUUACUACCCAACUGUCGUCGACCAUCGAAAUUUGAUUAUGAAGUAACAUGUGAAGAUCCGGUGACCCCAUCAUUCUACGUUGAUAUUUGGCAACAAGUAGCGAAGAAGAACACGAGGAUAUAUGAAGAGGUGUUCCGCGCCUAUCCAACCGAUUUGGUCGAAUCGUUCGAGGAGUACGCGAAAUGGAAAUCCGUCAUGACCCAAGCCGAGUAUGCGCCACAAGAAGCCGAGGCUAAAUUACGUGACGUGAAGGGCGUGUUGGUGGAUUUCCCGCUGAAUUUCCUCAAGCAAGCCGAUCUAGCACCAGCCAUCACAUCAAGAGAGGGAAUCGUCGGCUCGUCGGUCUUCACA